AUGGAUAUUUCCAAACCAGUGGGAACUGAGAUUGUCUCGGUUGACUUCGGUGUGUUGUCAGCCGAGGAAGUCCGCAAGGUUUCGGCCAAGCAAAUCACCAAUCCAACGGUAUUCGAUAACCUGGGCCAUCCCAUCAACGGUGGUCUGUACGAUCUCGCAUUGGGCGCUUUUCUUAGAAAUUUAUGUGCAACUUGUGGCUUGAAUGACAAGUUCUGUCCCGGCCAUCAGGGCCAUAUUGAACUACCCACUCCUGUCUAUAAUCCCAUUUUUUUCGGCCAAAUGUACAUCUUCAUCAGAGGCUCUUGUAUAUUCUGCUCGAGAUUCAAGCUGAAUGCCUUGGAAGUUCAUCUUUACCAGUGCAAGCUGCGUUUGAUCCAGUAUGGACUUCUGCUGGAAGCCUCGUCCAUUGACAGAGUGUAUGGUGCUGAUGAGGCAGAGGAAGACGAUGGGUUUGAAACAAAGGACUCGGAUUCUCAGUCGAGAAUACGCCAGGUCAGAGAGACUUUUGUGGAGGAGGCUGUUGCCAAAGCGAUCGCCAAUGGCACGGCUCCAAAACAGGGAAUCUUCACUGCUUCUGUGGCCGAAGAGAGAAAGGCACUGAUCCACGAGUUCUACAAAAAACUGCUUUCCAGACGCAAGUGCGAAAACUGUAAAGCUUUCAACCCAAACUUCCGCAAGGACGGGUUCAGCAAGAUCUUCGAGCAGCCCAUGUCGGAGGCUCAACAGAGAUACAAUAUUGCCAUUGGAAAGCGUCAUCCAAAGUUCUUAAAGGUUGCCGGUGAAGAUGCAGAUGAAGAGUAUCCCACAUCACAGAGCUACACGAUAUCGCUGUCAAUCAAGGACUUUCUUAACGGAGUAUUCAGCUCGGAAAGAGACAUGAUUCACUAUCUGUUCAAUUCGAGACCGCUAUCCAAUAAGGUUGUCACUGCCGACAUCUUCUUCUUGCAAGCGUUGAUUGUUCCCCCAACCAGAUUCAGACUGCCAUCCAAAUUGGGAGACGAUAUCCACGAAAACUCGCAGAACUCGCAUCUCUCCAAAGUGCUCACCACUUGCGUGGAAAUUAGAGAUUUGAGCAGAAGGCAGGAGGCUCUGACUCUGAGCAAGUCCACCGAGGAAGACAGGAGUACCAUGUUCAACAGACUGAUGAACGCAUUUGUAGUUCUGCAGGACAACGUGAACAGCUUUAUCGACAGUUCAAAGGACGCUUCUGGCACCAAGGUCCCUCCACCGGGGAUCAAGCAGGUGCUGGAAAAGAAGGAGGGUCUGUUCAGAAAACACAUGAUGGGAAAGCGUGUGAAUUACGCUGCUCGUUCGGUCAUUUCACCAGACCCUAUGCUGGAAACCAACCAGAUAGGUGUUCCUCCAGUUUUUGCUACCAAGCUCACCUAUCCAGAGCCAGUCACCUCCUAUAACGCUGCAGAAUUGCGCCAGGCCGUGAUCAACGGACCAGACAUCUGGCCAGGAGCUAUCCAGGUACAGAACGAAGACGGUUCGCUACUGUCUUUGAUUGGAAUGGAGGCUGAACAGCGGAAGGCCAUUGCCAACCAGCUUCUGACCCCAACAGCUGGUGCUUCGGUGGUGAACAAAAAGGUGUAUCGUCACAUCAAGAACAAUGACGUUGUGCUGAUGAACCGUCAGCCAACUUUGCACAAGGCCUCUAUGAUGGGCCACAAGGUGAGGGUCCUGCCUGGAGAGAAAACCCUCCGUCUGCACUACGCCAAUACAGGUGCGUACAAUGCCGAUUUCGACGGUGACGAGAUGAACAUGCAUUUUCCCCAGAAUGAAAACGCUAAGGCCGAGGCCUUGAACCUGGCUAACACAGAUUCGCAGUACUUGACUCCAACAUCGGGUUCGCCAGUUAGAGGUCUCAUCCAGGACCACAUUUCUGCCGGAGUUUGGCUGACAAGCAAGGACUCUUUCUUCACCAGAGAGAUGUACCACCAGCUUAUAUAUGGGUGUAUUCGUCCUGAAGAUGGCCAUUCGGCUUCUGCCAAAAUCCAGACCGUUCAGCCAGCGAUCUGGAAGCCAGUUCCGUUGUGGACGGGAAAGCAGGUGAUUUCCACCGUAUUGCUGAACAUCAAGCCAGAGAACAUGCCUGGUAUGAACCUGAAGACCAAGAACAAAAUCAAGUCGGACUACUGGGGAAAGGACUCUACUGAGAACGAGGUUCUCUUCCAAAAAGGUGAGCUGAUCAGUGGAAUUCUGGACAAGUCCCAGUACGGUGCUGCCCAGUACGGUAUGGUGCAUUCGCUGCAUGAGGUUUACGGUCCUGAAGUGGCCGGAAAAGCCCUAUCCGUUCUCGGAAGACUUUUCACCAACUAUAUCACGCAGACCGGUUUCACCUGUGGUAUGGACGAUCUUAGACUCACUGCAGAGGGCAACGAAUGGAGAACGGAAAUCCUCAAGACCUCCGUGGACAUUGGUCGUACUGCUGCGGCUGAGGUAGCCAAUCUCGACCCCACGACAGACCACAAUAACCCAGAGCUGCUGAAGAGACUCGAGGAGAUUUUGCGUGAGGACGAGAAGCUGGCCAUUCUGGAUGCAGUGACGCAAUCCAAGGUGAAUGCCAUUACUUCCAAGGUGGUUUCCAAGUGUGUUCCAGAGGGAACCAUGAAGAGGUUUCCGUACAACUCCAUGCAAGCCAUGGCUCUUUCUGGAGCCAAGGGUUCCAAUGUGAACGUUUCGCAGAUCAUGUGUUUGCUGGGCCAACAGGCGUUGGAAGGUCGUAGAGUUCCUGUGAUGGUGAGUGGAAAGACUCUUCCUUCGUUCAAGCCGUUCGACACAGAUGCACGUGCAGGAGGGUACAUCAAAGGCCGGUUCUAUUCUGGUAUCAGGCCGCAGGAGUAUUAUUUCCACUGCAUGGCCGGUCGUGAGGGUCUUAUCGAUACUGCAGUGAAAACCUCGAGAUCUGGUUAUUUGCAGCGUUGUUUAACCAAACAGUUGGAGGGUGUUCACGUUUCGUACGACAACACGAUCAGAAACGCAGACGGCACCCUUAUCCAAUUCCUUUACGGAGGAGACGCUGUGGAUGUCACCAAGGAGUCCCACAUGUAUCAAUUCAAGUUCUUUGCCGAGAACUACGAUUCUCUGUUGAGAAAGUACAACCCAGGCGAGAAUGUGGUUAACCUGGACCCCGAGACGGCCAUCAGAUAUGCGAAGAAGGCGAAGAAGAGCAUCCGCAAAACCGCAGAUGUUCCUCAUUAUGACCAAAACACCAAGUACGAUCCAGUUCUUUCUGUGUAUAAUCCUUCGAAGUAUCUGGGCUCUGUUUCAGAGAAGUUCCAGGACGAGCUUGACGACUUUAUUGAGAAGAACCCGCAACUUUUUGCCAGUUCCAAGGAGGCCAAACUUUCUGGUGCUUUAACCGAGAAGAAGUUCCGUGCAUUAAUGCAAUUGAAGUAUAUGAGAUCAUUGAUCAACCCAGGCGAGGCUGUUGGUAUUAUUGCUUCUCAGUCGGUUGGUGAACCUUCCACGCAGAUGACACUGAAUACCUUCCAUUUCGCUGGACACGGUGCUGCGAACGUUACUCUCGGUAUUCCUCGUCUGAGAGAAAUUGUAAUGACCGCCUCUUCUUCCAUUAAGACACCCCAGAUGUCUUUGCCUUUGCUCACAGAUGUUUCUGACGAUAUGGCCGAGGCUUUCUGUAAGUCUGUCACCAAAGUCGUGUUCUCCGAGUUUGUGAACAGAGUUUCUGUCGUGGAGACGUCUGGAUCUGCGGCUGAUGGCGGAAAGCCAUCUCGUUCCUACAAUAUCCACAUUGAGUUUUUCGACAGAGAGGCUUACGAGAACGAGUACGAUGUCACGAAGGACGAGCUUGUUGAGGUGGUGAAGGAGAAAUUCUUGAUUGCUUUGGAGAAAGCCAUCGUCAAGCAGGUGAAGAAGCAGAGAAAGGCUGUCACUGAACUGCCUUCCAUCGGCGAGGCCGUUCCAAGUGUGAUGAACGAGGCUGCUGUAAGUGGAAAGGAAUCGAACGAUGCCGACGAUGCUACUGACGACAAGGUUCGUUCCAAUACGAAACAGGCUGUUUCUUACGAUGGGCCGGACGAUGAAGAACGUGAGAUCAUCGACCAGGAUUCCGACUCUGACUCCGACCUUGAAAUGGAGGAUGCCGUUGAAGAACAGCCCAUCCAAUCAGAAGAAAAGGUUGGGCUUUCCAAGGAAGAACGUGAUCGCCAACAGGAAGUUAUUGGUGCCCACUCUUUCAUCACUGCCUUCAACUUCGAUGACAAGAGUGGAAAAUGGUGUGAUUUCAAGCUCGAGCUUAGUGCUGAGACCGAGAAGCUUCUUAUGGUCAACAUCGUUGAAGAUGUUUGUCUACAGGUGGUUGUUCGUGAAGUAUCCAAAAUAGGCCGUUGUCUCUACCCUGAGCCAGAAAAGAAGCUGCUUGUGACCGAGGGUGUCAACUUCCAGGCGAUGUGGGAGCAUGAUGCUUUCAUCAACGUCAACGGAAUUACCUCGAACGAUGUUGCAGCCGUUCUGCGUACAUACGGUGUGGAGGCUGCCAGAAACACAAUUGUCAAUGAGAUCAACAAUGUUUUUGGAAGAUAUGCCAUCUCGGUGUCUUCCCGUCAUUUGGACUUGCUUGCAGAUUACAUGACUAGAGAGGGAACAUACUUGGCCUUUUCUCGUCAAGGUAUUGACUCGUCCACCUCAGCUUUCAUGAAGAUGUCUUACGAAACCACCAUCCAGUUCCUCACCAAAGCAGUGCUCGAUGGAGAACGUGAACAGCUGGAAUCUCCAAGUGCCAGAAUCGUUGUUGGUAAGCUGUCGAACGUUGGAACCGGCAAAUUCGAUGUGAUGGCUCGUAUGCCUACAACCGCUGCAUAUUAG